AUGUACGUUCCCUUGGCAACAGCUAUCGCUGUUCCACACGACUUCAUAACAAAUCCGCCAUGACCCUGCCUCUGGGUGUGGCAUGCAGAAGUGUGUGGUGACGCCCGGCUCGCUUCGCCUUGGUUGCGAGGAUUCCAGAUAAAGUGGCAGUCAGGAGUAGUAGUACGCGUCGUCAGUGUUGUCUCUAACCAUACACGAACACCAACAAACAAGGCGCGCAGCAGGAUAAAAAGAGCUGGAAUUUUGCUCUAGAUCUCGGCUGCUCCUUCUAGCAGCUUGUGGGGGGAGAGACACCUGGCAAUGCACACUCCCCUGCUGAUCGAGAGUGGUCGAGGUGUUUUAGGGUUUUGCACACUCAAGACCGCGGGGGGGGCAGUGUAGGACGGGUGCGUCGCUGUCGCAGGUCAAAGCUCGGGUUGUCCUAUAAAAUUCUUCGGGGUUUUGAGUUGUCGACUGUUAUGAUAUGUACUCAUCGCGUCGAUGACACGCAAUGAUGGACCGAUCCCCUCGUCCCGCGUAUGGCGAUGGUACUGUGAGCGAAGGACCUGGAUUUACGACAGUAGAAACGAUUGGAGGUCGGGACCGCCAAUUCACUGGUAGGUAGCCCGAAAGUCCGAAACGAAAGAGCCGGAUGUUGCUGAGCUGACAACCAAGGAGACGUGUAUUGUUGUAUGACGCGACUUCUUGCCCAUCCGAGACACACACAACAGAGCACGACGAGGGGAGGGAGGCGAUCCACCCGGGAGGUGAAUAAUAAAACAGAAGCAGAGCGACGUUGGAAUGGCAAUACUACCCACCCUCGUUCGUGCCGAAAAAUGCCGUCAGGAACGGGCUGCUUUACAUUGCACCGGGUGCAUAGUCUAUUAAGUCUGA